AUGUCUCAACUUCCGCAUGAGCGCUAUGUGGAGCAACGCUCAUUAGAGCAAUACGAUGCAAUUGAUUUCUUCGCUUUCUGUGGGUUUUUUUCGAGUCAAAAGUCACAAGCUACCUUCCAAUGGAAAACUAUUAUUCUUCCACAAGUUCAAAAAAAAAAUUACUCCCUGUACCGGCGUCUUGUUGGUUCGUGGAAUGAAACAAGGUCUGCCCGGAAUCAAUAUUGGGGGAGUAAGAGGGCACAAGAGGAACAGGAUGCACAGCUUAAUGACCAUAUCAAUGUCCUCCGAUCGGAUGCACUCAAACAAACAAGAUAUGUCUCAAAUUCCAUCACUCAGAAUGUUGGCAAGCGACUUCAAGAGCAAGGAAAAUCUCCCAGAAAAACAUUUUCAUGUGUUAUGUUGCCACCAAGAACUGCCUCUGACAUUCCAAGAUCCUUUGCAAGGAGAGAAACAUCUUCACCAGAAAUAACACCAGCCACAAGUCCAGUAAUCCCAAUAGCAACUGUAUCCCCUACGCCUGAAGAAGCUCCGAUUCUCCCUACCAGCGCGGUCGCAACCUGUGCCACCCAAAGUAUGCAUGCAGAGUCACUUGAAUUGAACCAAGAUGUCUUAGAUUUAAAAACAGACUUUAAUGAUCAAGACCGAGAGCACCCAUUCUAUGGUAUAUUUCAAGCACUCUAUGACAUUGCACACGAUCGCCCAUACACCAUCCCAUUGGCGCCUGUAAUGCAAAGCUCUCUCCAAAGAAACCUUUUCCAAUACGCUGCCAACCGGCUAGGAAACUUCGACAAACUGACCAAAACCAAGCAAAAAGACAUAUAUGUUGCAGCUUCAUCUAUUGCGCAUAUUGACAUGGAGGAUGCUGCAGAGGUUUUUGGGAAGACGCUUCCUGGCUUGACUUCGCGGACCAGAAACCCAACUCUUGCUGAUCUUCCUCAGUUCCUAGUCGAUCUCCUCACGCCUCUAAAGGAGAAAGCUCUGAACGGGGAUGGAGAAGUCGACAGCGAGAUGUUGUAUUUAUAUGUCGAGCAAGAGAUCGGGGGCAUGGCAAGCAAGGUGCUCGGGGGCACCAAAAUCGAUGAGCGUGAGGCCAUGGUCCUCAAGAUCGUGCACGAGGUGGCAUCCCUAUGCCGUGCGGACCCUAUACCACGCCCAAGGGAUACAGAGCAGAAAUCCCAGGGCGUAUGGGAGAAGAUCUUGGGAAUCCUUUUCGCCAAGACAAGGGUAUCCGUGGUGAUAGGGGAGACAGGGCUGCAGGAGACCAAGGCACAAAGAGAGGCCAAUGAGUCUGCCCAUGCAGCAUGUCCAACCAACAAGCUGGUGACUCCACGAAAGGUGGACUGCAAGUUGGUUGUGUCGGUGGUGAAGUCGAAGAAGUGGGAGUUUAAGACCAUUUCCAACUUUGAGCUGAAGCCACUCCAGGCUAGCAGCCAACAGAUGGAAAUUCAGGUGCGAAAGAACAUGCGCCUGAACCACUCAGUCGUGAAGAAACUCCCAUCUACUCACCACUACUUCCUCGACAUCCAUGGAUACUCUGCACAGCUCUAUUGUAUUUGGGGGCAUGAUUCGGUUCAUGUUUGUGGGAGAGUACUUGAUGAAGAGCUGGUAAUCCCAACCAGCGACUCAGAAUUGGAAUGGUUUUUGGACGGUCGAUGUCUAGCGGCGUUGAUGUCACUGAAGGCCCAUCUCUUGGAGAUCGCUCAGCAAGUCCAACGUGAACACGCUCGCCCAAUGCAGGCACCCGAAGCUCCUCGAACGCCUCCGCACCGCCCUGCAACAGAAAACCACACGUUUUAUACACCAAAACGAGUACGAUCCAACUCCGCACCUGUCAUCGUUAGCAUAAAGAAGAGCAGACAAGAGCAAUGA